GUCCUCCCCAGAUCUCCUGUCCCCCCUUAAAGUCAGUCCCCUGUCUACCCCAAAGUCCUCUGUACCCCAUUUCCUGCACCCCCAAUGUCCCCCUGCAUCCUCCAGCCCCCCCAACCUACCUCCUGGGCCCCCUCAAAGUCCCCCCAAAUGCCCACCCAGGGCUCGGAGCCCCUUCUUCUUCUGUGCCACCGUCCUGGCCACCUUUGACUCCUUGUGCCCCCCUGCCCUCUACGCCCUUCCAUGCCCCCUGCACUCCCCAAUACCCCCAGACCCCUCCCUAAUCCCCCCCAGGGCUCGGAGCCCCUCUUUGUGUGUGCCACGAGUGGCACCACUGUCCUGGGUGCCUUCGACCCACUGGACGCCAUCGCCGACGUCUGUGCCCGCCACGGGCUGUGGCUGCACGUGGAUGCAGCGUGGGGGGGCAGCGCCCUCCUGUCCCCCCGACUCCGUCAUCUCCUUGCUGGCAUCCACAGAGCCGACUCGGUGACCUGGAACCCCCACAAGCUGUUGAUGGUGGGGUUGCAGUGCUCGGCAUUCCUGCUCCGUGACAGCUCCGGGCUCCUGCAGCGCUGCCAUGGCGUGGGGGCCUCGUACCUGUUCCAGCGGGACAAGUUCUACGACGUGUCCCUGGACACAGGGGACAAGAGCCCCCAGUGCGGCCGCCGUGCCGACGGCCUCAAGCUCUGGAUCCUCUGGAAAGCCGUGGGAACCCGGGGGCUGGCACAGCGUGUGGAGCGGGCAUUCAGUGCCUCCCGGUAUCUGUUGGAGCAGGUGAAGAGGAGGGAGGGAUUCCAGCUGGUGAUGGAGCCGGAAUUUAUCAACCUCUGCUUCUGGUUCAUCCCACCCAGCCUGCGGGGCCAGGAGAACUCCCCAGAAUUCUGGGACAAACUGGGAAAGGUGGCCCCAGCCAUCAAGGAAAAGAUGAUCCGGAGGGGCUCCAUGAUGGUGGGAUACCAACCCCAAGGAUCCCACGUCAACUUCUUCCGGCAGAUAAUCACCAAUCCUGUUGUCACCCGCCAGGACCUGGACUUCUUCCUGGAUGAGAUACAGGAAUUGGGAUGGGAUCUGUGAGCACUCCCAAAAAACCCCUGUGAAAGACCCCAAAACCGUCCCCCCAUCCCUGAGGAAGAGCAGCAGAGCCUUGAUUUCUUCCCCACACCCCAAAAUUGGAAAUGACCACAAAAUUCCACACUUACAGAAUAAAACAGCAUUUAAUGG